GUAGCAAUAUUGUGGGCAUGCAGUACACUUUUGUUCUAUUGCUAAGUAAUCAUACCUGUGAUGAACAGUGAGUCAUAGAAAAAUGAAAUCAUUUAUCGCUGGAUUAUUUCUGAUGGUAAUUGCUGAAACAAUUACUACGACAUUGGCUGUAGCUGGAGGAACUACUGCAGCAGCCGGACAAUUUCCUUAUCAAGUGAGCCUUCGUAAUACAGAUUUUGGUCAUAUUUGCGGCGGCGUAAUAGUUAGCCGAAAUCUCGUAAUCACUGCUGGUGCAUGUACAGAUCCAAUAAGUCCUAUAAUUGAUACGGUAGUCGCUGGUUCCUUGAAGCGAACGGAAGAUGUUCUAUGGCAACAAACAAGCGGCGUUAAUCGUACAGUCGUUCAUCCAGAAUAUGAUGGCAGCACAAUGGACAACGAUCUGUCUUUGCUAUUCUUAAGCGAACCGUUCGAGUUCAAUGAUAACGUUUCAUCCAUUGCAUUACCAUCAGUCGGUGUUGAAACUUAUCCCAAAUCGGUCAUUCUAUCCGGAUGGGGAAACGUACAAUACGGUGAGCCAAUGUUUGAAGAUCUGCAGUAUGUGGAACUCGAUACGUACAGCGAUGCAAAUUGUGAAGCAAUUGUGGGACAGUACGUGAGACCAGAGAUAUUGUGCGUAGGCGGAGACGAGGGUGGUCGAGGCGGAUGUCAAGGGGAUGCAGGUUCUCCGUUAGUUACACAUGGGGAGAACAUUUACGUGUCAGCAGUUAGUUCACAUUUUCCUUGCUCAGGCGAUUGUUGCUCAAUUCCAGGCCCGAAUGGACAAUGUACCGAACUGAGUUACUACGUCGAGUGGAUUUUGAAACAGAGUGAAUUAUAUGGAGGUGGUUUGGAUUCUGGCGCGAGUGGAUUAGUCCUGACUAGUGGGUUUUAUUUAGUGUUAACUUUAUCGUUAGUUUAUGUUCGAGUAGUUUUAGUUUUGUAACAAAGACCAUUUGCAGCUACCGGAACCAAUCACUUCAAGCA